UUGCUAUGGACUUUAACCUCCAACUUUUCAGUUAGCAGCUAAGUAUGUUAGCCAUUUGUACCGCCCAGGGACUCUAACUAGUAAUUAAUUACAGAGGGACAAAUUUCAGCUCAACAUAAGGUAGAGCUUCCUCACAAAGGAAUGGGCUCUCUGGAGAGGAAGUAAGCUCUCAUCACUGGAGGGGUUUUUGUGAGGUUCUAGGACCCAGAGUUCCACUGCUAUUCAUAAGGUUUUCAGUAGCUAAUGCUUUUCAGAAGUAGACUGCCAGGUCCUUCUUCCUAGUCUGUCUUAGUCUGGAAGCUCAGCUGAAACCUGUCCUCCAUGGGUGACCCUACUAGUAUCUGAAUACUGGUGGCAUAGCUUCCAGCAACACCCAGGUCCCCACAGUACAACAAACUGACAGACACAUGGGGAAAGGAAGACUGAAGAAGAAUUGAUGCCUUUGAAUUGUGGUGUUGGCAAAGAAUAUUGAAUAUACCAUGGACUGCCAACUGUCUUGGAAGAACUGCAACCAGAAUGUUCCUUAGAAGCAAGGAUGGCAAGACUGCAUCUUACAUACUUUGGACAUGCUGUCAGGAGGUGUCAGUCCCUGGAGAAGGACAUCAUGCUUGGCAAAGUACAAGUGCCCCAGGUGCUAAGGAGCUGUGCAGAGUUUGUGGAGGAGUAUGGAGUGGUGGAUGGGAUCUAUCGUCUCUCAGGGGUCUCCUCCAACAUCCAGAAGCUCCGGAGUUUGAGGCAGAGCGGAAGCCAGACCUGCGUCGGGAUGUUUACCUCCAGGACAUUCACUGCGUCUCCUCCCUGUGCAAGGCCUAUUUCAGAGAACUGCCAGACCCCCUGCUCACUUACCGGCUCUAUGACAAGUUUGCUGAGGCCGUGGGAGUGCAGAUGGAGCCUGAGCGCUUGGUCAAGAUCGUAGAGGUGCUUCGAGAGCUCCCUGUCCCAAACUAUAAGACCCUGGAGUUCCUUAUGCGGCACUUGGUGCAUAUGGCCUCCUUCAGCUCCCAGACCAACAUGCACGCCCGCAACCUGGCCAUCGUGUGGGCCCCCAAUCUGCUCAGGUCUAAGGACAUAGAGGCCUCGGGCUUCAAUGGGACAGCAGCCUUCAUGGAGGUGCGCGUGCAGUCCAUUGUUGUCGAGUUCAUCCUUACGCACGUGGACCAGCUCUUCGGGGGUGCUGCCCUUUCUGGUGGUGAAAUGGAAAGUGGAUGGCGAUCACUUCCAGGGGCCCGGGCGUCAAACAGUGCUGAGGACUUUAUGCCCCGGUCCCUGCCCUACCACUUGCCUAGUAUUCUGCAGGCUGGCGAUGGACCCCCACAGAUCCGGCCCUACCACACUAUCAUUGAGAUUGCUGAGCACAAGAGGAAGGGGUCUUUGAAGGUCAGGAAAUGGAGAUCCAUCUUCAAUCUGGGUCGCUCUGGCCAUGAGACAAAGCGUAAACUUCUACGAGGGGGCGAAGACAGGGAGGACAAGUCUGAUAAAGGGACACUGCGCCCAGCCAAGAGCAUGGACUCACUGAGCGCUGCAGCUGGGGUCAGUGAUGAGCCAGAGGGGCUGAUGGGGCCCAGCAGUCCCCGGCCAGGCCCGCUGCUUCCUGAGAGCUUGGAGAACAAUUCUGUGGAGGCAGCAGAAGGCGAGCAUGAGCCUGAGGCAGAGGCACCGGCUGGCACAAACUCCGAGCCAGGCACACCACGAGCUGGGCGGUCAGCAGUUCGGGCUGGUGGCACCAGCCGUUCAGAGCGCUGUGCUGGCGUCCACAUCUCAGACCCCUACAACGUCAACCUCCCGCUACAUAUCACCUCUAUCCUCAGCAUGCCCCCAAACAUCAUCUCCAAUGUCUCGUUGGCCAGGCUCACCCGUGGCCUUGAGUGCCCAGCCCUACAGCCCCGGCCAAGUCCUGCCUCUGGUCCCAGCCCUGGCCCUGGCCCUGGCCCUGGCCCUCCAGAUAAGAAGUUGGAGGCAAGUGCAGCUCCUGAUUCCUUGGCUGACUCAGGCCCAGUGGACACGGCCCCUGCUCUGGAGGACUCCUUGUCCCAGGAGGUGCAAGAUUCCUUCUCCUUCCUAGAGGACUCAAGCGACUCAGAGCCUGAGUGGGUGGGGGUGGAGGAUGGGGAUGUGGCCAAGGCAGGAGCAGCAGGAGCAGCUUUCUCCCCUGGGGAGGACGACCCUGGGAUGGGCUACCUAGAGGAGCUCCUGGGAGUUGAGCCUCAGGUGGAGGAGUUCUCUGUGGAGCCACCCUUGGAUGACCUCUCUCUGGAUGAGGCGCAGUUUGUCCUAGCUCCCAGCUGCUGUUCCCUGGACUUUGCUGGCCCCAGGCCUGAAGCAGAGGAGGAAAGUGGGGAGGAAGUCUUCCUGAGUGCCUAUGACGACCUAAGUCCCCUUCUGGAGCCCAAACCACCGACCUGGGAAGGUCUAGGGAGUCUGGAGGAAGAGGCAGCAGGGUGUAGAAGACAGGCUUCAGGGCAGGCUUCAGGAGAGCAAGCAUGCUUGGAAGUUGGGGAGAACAAGGAGUCUGAGCCUGGAAAUAGAUGCGACAUGAGGGAGGCUGAGGGGAGUCCAGAGACCAAAGUAGAGGUUGGAGAGUCAGGUGAGGAAGAAGUGGAGACUGAGGGAGACCAGGAUAUGAUGGCUAGUUUGAGAGAAGGGAGUGGGGAAGAGACAGAGACCAAGUCCAAAAGCCAGAAUGAAGCUGAGAAUAUGGAGGAGGCUAAGGGUGUGGACGAAUCAGGAGAAGAGCAGAGUAAAGACGAGAAGGAAAGAGAGACUGAGAGAGAAGAAGAGGCUGAAGGAGGAGACAAGGCCCAGGUAGAACCUGGAAAAGACCCAGAGUAUGGGGCCCAGGAACACCAAGUUGCUGAGGAGAGCUGGGAAGUUGUACAUAAACAAGAGGCUGAGGGAGGCAGGGAAGAUGAUAUCAAAGGACAGAGUGGGGAUGGGGGCCAAGAGGCAAGAGAAGACCAAGGAGAUGGUGAAGACAUCAGAAUCCUAGAAGCAGCAGCUGGAGGAACAGCGGAGGUCAGCAAGGAAUGGGAGAGAGGGGAUGGAGGGGCUGAGGGAGACCAGAGGGCUGGAGGUGACCAUUUUGAAGAAGGCUCUCUCCCUGAAGGGUCAGGUGGAGAGUCCCUGAGCAUUGAUAGUGCCAAAGGGGGCAAUGCCCAGUCCUUUGAGGAGGAACAGGCAGCCCCACAGCCACCUCUGCCAGAGGAGAUGGAGCCUGAGGGGCAGCUUAGUCCAGAGGGCUGUGAUCUGUGCCCCUGUCCCCCUGGCUUAGCUGGUGGUGUGGGCAUGCGCCUGGCUUCCACCCUGGUUCAGGUCCAACAGGUCCGCUCUGUGCCUGUGGUGCCCCCCAAACCACAGUUUGCCAAGAUGCCCAGUGCACUGUGUGGCAAGAUCCACGUGGCACCUGCAAACCCAUGUCCGAGGCCUGGCCGGCUUGAUGGGACUCCUGGGGAAAGGGCUUGGGGGUCCCGAGCCUCCCGCUCCUCCUGGAGGAAUGGGGGCAGUCUUUCCUUUGAUGCUGCUGUGGCUUUGGCCCGGGACCGCCAGAGGACUGAGGCUCAGGGAGUUCGGCGGACCCAGACCUGUACUGGAGGUGGGGACUACAGCCUCAUCCCCAGAACCACCUACGGUAGCAUGCUUCCUGCCUAUUCUCACCGGCCCCUUAGCUGCCUGGAGCACCCACCUGAAGGCACAGAAGGAUCUGAAUCCCGGAGUCGGCUUAGUCUGCCCCCCAGAGAACUCCAGCCCCCUGACCCCCUUAAGCCCCCCCAGCGCCGAUCGUACGCAUUUGAAACACAGGGUAACCUUGGGAAAGGUGAGGAACUGUGAUUAGGACCUGGGCAAAGGGGACCAGUAAGCUGUCUUGAAUCUCCAGGGUCCCUGACGAGCUGUAGAGCCUAACUCUACAGGCUUUGGCCUCUUGCUUCUCUUUUUGACUGUGGGAGGCCACAGGUUAGUUUGUUUACCUGAGCUUGUCUAAGACAGAAAGCACUUAUCCCUUAGGAGAUUCCUAAGAAAGUUACCAAGAUCUGGUUCCUAGGGAGUGGGGUUAUUGGCUAAAGGGAACAUAGCCGGUGCCAUUGAGUCGAUUCCGACUCAUAGCGACCCUAUAGGACAGAGUAGAACUGCCCCAUAGCGUUUUCAAGGAGUGGCUGGUGGAUUUGAACUGCCAACCUUUUGGUUAGCAGCUGAACGCUCAAUCACUGCGCCAAAAGGAACAGAUGUGGGCAGAAAACUUAGAGGUUUUUCAAAGUGAAGAAUGGAGGGGGAAUUCCAGCCAAGUUCCUACUCUCCUCUGAGGCUGUGAACCUUCAUGAAAGCUUAAGGUGAGGUGGGGAGGACAGGGCCAGGUCAGAGCCUAUCACACACAAACAUUUUGUGUUGCCCACCCCUGUUUUGUUCCUGGACCCCUGAAUACUUCCUGUCUGAGCUUCAGAUUAGGAGUAACUUAUUCAGGAAGCUCUUUGAAGGCUUCAGUGUUUGUUGGGAGGACUGACCAUCUUUCCAGCUCACCCACCUGCUGUCUCCAGUCAGCUUAAAGAAGAAGGGGUCCUGUAUAGAUCUCUCUGGCCUCUCCUUUUCCCUUUGGGAUAACUUCCUCUGCUUCGGUUAAGAUUUACAGCCUUGGAAACUCUAUGGGGCAGUUCUACUCUGUCGUCUAGGGUUACUGUGAAUUGGAAUUAACUUGAUGGCAGUGGGUUUGGUUUUGUUACCUUAGGGAAGGGGAAUGGGGCCACUCAGGUCCUGGGGCUGCUUUUCCAGACCAGCUGAACCACAGAUCCCACUCUAGUAAGUGGGGGCUGUCUCAGAAUAAAAGUUGUAUUUUUACAUGUAAAUUGUGUGAAGUCUCAUUAUUCUUACUAAAGCCGUGAGUGGUAUCAUCUCUUCACAUGUUUGGGCAAAUGUCUUUUUUUCUUUGCUGUUUGUUCUUCCUCAGAUGUUGUCAUGGAGACCUGUGGCUAGAAACUAGAGCUGAGUUCACGGUGGUCAGGAAAAGGGGAAGAGAAAUUAUAUUUACAUAAUGCUCAUUCUGUGCCAGUAACUGAGCUAGGUGUUCUACGUGCAUAGCAUCUAUGCCCUUGACUUUAUUUAAGCCACAUAACAGUUCAGAAGGUUGACACUGGUGUCUACUCUUUACAGAUGAGGUAACUAAAGCUUAAUUAAGUUGCCCAAGAUCUCAGAGGUAAGAAGUGGCAAAAGUGGGUAUGAGAUCUGGGUUUGUCUGGUCCCAAAUCAAUUAAGGGUUAGGUCCUGGCUAGUUGGAAUGGGAAUAAAAAUUCCUUUCAAAGAAACUGAAGCCUUGGGUCUUUAGGUAAAGGACGGCUGACGCUAAUAUAAAGAAGUAUGCCUAGUUAGCUGUCUUAAUCUUCCCGUUAAGAAACACUUCAAACAGAUGCCCUGAUCCAAGAUGGCCUCCCAAAUGAGCCUUGUUAAAGAUGGCGUCUCGGUCGGACUUCCCUCUCUCACCUAAAUUGGCUUCCUCACUACCUUUUCCUGAGACUAAAAAAUGCACCGCCCAGCACAGAGAUGGUAGCACAAAUUAGUCGUCUUUCUCCCAUUCUUGCUGAAAACGGUUACGACUUCAGUGUCAUUCCGACAAG